UAUGCUUGUCUUUUCUUUUCUUUUUUUCUCUUGUCAAACUUUAUCUUCUUUCUAAUUUUUGUUUUCUAAACUGUUGUGGGUUGUUUCUGCAUCUGAUAUUUCACAGCAUUUUUUCUUUGUCUAUCUGCCUUUAUAGCGGAUUAAGAUUUUGUUAUGCAAAUAUGAAGAUAUGAGAAAGGGAAACUUUGAUGCAAAACAGCAGGAUGAUGAGUGAGACUUCUGAAAAGAAACUUGUGAGAAUUGACGUUACUUCUGAUACUGUGUGCCCAUGGUGCUUUGUUGGCAAAAAGAAUUUAGAUAGGGCAUUAGCUGCCUCCAAUGAUAAAUACUACUUCGAGGUAACAUGGCAUCCGUUUCAACUUGAUCCUGAAGCUCCUAAAGAAGGCAUUGACAAAAGGGAGUAUUACAGAAGAAAGUUUGGUUCCCAAUCAGAACGGAUGGAAGCUCGGAUGUCAGAGGUGUUCAAGAAUGUUGGUCUGGAGUAUUGUUUGUCUGGACUCACGGGAAACACUAUUGACAGCCACAGACUUAUAUAUUUUGCAAGACAGCAGGGUCCUGAGAAGCAACAUCUUCUAGUUGAAGAACUUGCCAUAGGCUAUUUCACACAGGGAAAAUACAUUGGUGACCAUGAGUUUCUUCUUGAAUCUGCUGCAAAGGUUGGUAUAGUUGGAGCAGAAGAGUUUCUUAAGGAUCCCAACAAUGGUCUGAAGGAGGUUGAGGAGGAGCUUAACACGAUUUCUCGAAACAUUUCAGGGGUUCCAUAUUAUGUGAUUAAUGGAAAACACAAGUUGAGUGGUGGACAAAUCCCUGAAGUCUUCUUGAAAGCUUUCCAAGUUGCUACAACUUGACUUUCAGCUCUUAGCAGUUUCUAUUAUACAAUAAGGAUGAAACCUUGGAAAUGACAAGUUGGUCUUCAGAGUUUUAUAGCACUCUAUCAUAUGUGAAACUUCUAUUGACAUGCAAGAGAAUGUUUAUGUUUUACAAUAAUGUGUAUAUAGUGUGUCUUUGCCCGUGUUUAUCGGAUGCAGCCAUAAUAAAUUCAAUGUCUUUGCUAUU